UUUUGGCUUAAAAACGGAUACCUGCCCGUGUACUUACGUCAAGUACCCAAUGAUCUGACCGGUGAGUAUUCGUGUAUCAUGAUCAAACAAAUGGCUGAAACAGAAAAAAAUGCAUGGUUGAAGGAAUACGUAAACGAUUUUUCUCGUCGAUUCGUUACGUUGCUCAGCUAUGGGUUUUCCGCGUUCAGUACGCGCCUUGCUUUGGACCUCCUGCAGUGCAAUGCAUCGUCUGCUGAUGAGGCGGAUGAGUCGGUUCUGCUCGCCGAGUUUUCACUGUCUGCGUCAAUCCCGCAACAGCCUGCCCGGCCCUUGUGCCAUGAGUGCCAGGUGGCGAACAUUCUCGGAGAUUUCGCCACGGUCUCCAACCCACCUCCUUUCUCAAUCGAGGUAGUGAUCGGCAGCGACGGAGUUUACAAAGUUCUAAAUCGUGAAGAGCUUUCGGUACACUUCAGUAACUAUGAUUUGAAGAGGCUUGAGAUGUACAGUCUAAACCUGGUCGACCAUCAUCUGAUUACUGAUCUGUUGCCACUAGUGGCACGCCUCGUUUUCUUGAAGAAGAUUCCCGUUCACCUGAGCGGCAUUCAGUCCUCGAUACUCUUGGGAAUGGGAUUGCAGCGGAAAUCCGUUGAUGACGUGGCAAAGGAGUUGAACUAUCCGGCUACACAAGUGCUUGGUCUGUUCAAUCGUAUCAUCAAAAAGAUUGUUCAGGCAUUCUGCGAAGUAGCGAUCGAGUCAGAAAUGCCCAAACCGACCCAGCAACAAGUUUCGAAGCCGCCUCAGCAGAGUCUUGAGCAAGAAUUGGAAGAGUAUGGGAGAGUGGGUGACGUAAAGGUCAAUAAGCGCAUAGAAAGCUUGUUGUCUGACAUUGACCUCAGUCAAUACGCGGUGCACGACGACGAUAAUAACUGGAAUAAAGCGCUUAAAGGUCAUCAACCGUCUGGUAUGCUCAGCGUGAAGAGAAUCGUGCAUCCGACUACUACAGAGGUUAAUAAAUUCGCGCAGAAAAAAAGAAAAAACAAGGUGUCACGUUAA